GACCGCCCCUUAGAAGGCGAUUAUUAUGCAAAUCAUGGUUUUAUAAUAUUCCAAAUUGAUCUUGUUAUAUAAUUUCUCCGAGUCGACUAAUUGCAUGUGACUGACUAUUAAUCAGUCAUGCUUAGCUUUUCAAUUCGACAAACAUUACACAAGUCCAGUGGAGUUCUCAAGCGCACUUUUAUCAAAUCAACUGCUGCAAAUAUGCCGAUACAAGUACGUUUAUAUUUGUUACUUUUUGAUACAUUGGUAGACUGGUAGUGUUACAAUUAUUAGUGUUACUCGGUUACUGAGCCAAAGUCUGUACGUUACAAACAAGUCUUUUGGACUUUUGAUUAAAAUAAUUUCAUGUGUUGACUUUAGUUCGGUAUUUUGUUGACUUUAGUUGUUUUGUUAAAAACUUACCUGAAUGCUUAAGUUGUAUAAAUAUUACUGUAAUUGUAAGCAUUCUGUUUGCACUCUGCAUUUUUGAGUGUCUGACUGUCUGUCCCCUUUCCUAGACAAUUGCUCGCUAGACUGACUUUCCAAAGCUUUUUAAAAGCACCCCAGGAAGCUUCGCUAUCAAAUGUGAUAUUAAGUAUUGUGAAAUGACAAUGCAGUAAUCUGAACUUUGCUCAGACUCAAUAAAAUGUAACCAAGGCAAAAGGUGUACAGCUCUAUAGACAUGUAUAUAUAGUAUGCUGAUGUUAAUUCACAGUUUUGUGCUACAUCCAAUAUUCUCCUUAUGGAUUGAAUUACAGUAUAGGUGCAGCUGUUAUGUAUCUUAUGCUUUGGGGGCAGGUGCUAUCCCAGUGACGGGAGGGGGGGGGGCUGUGGGCUAAAUUGCAAGGCAUUGACUGAAAACUGGCUAAAACCCAUGUACUGAACAGAUUGAUAAUGUACAUUAUGUUAUACUUCAGGGUGUAAAAUCUGUCAAAAGAACUAUAUUUCAAUGGGAGCAUAAUUGGUUUUAUUUAAUACACUGGCAUAGUGCUUCAAACUGACAGUUAGUUUAUUGCCCAAUUAAUAUCAUAUCAUACUUCCACUUUUCACUAGGUUGGUGACAAGCUACCCUCCAUUGAUGUGCAUGAAGAUACACCAGGGAACAAUGUAAAUAUGGGGGAAUUGUUCAAGGGAAAGAAAGGCAUUCUCUUUGCCCUUCCUGGUGCUUUCACACCUGGCUGUAGUGCUGUAAGUGACUUUGUUAGAAAUACCAGAAUUCUUGUAAUUGUUAAUUUUUUAAGUAACUGUAACCAGUUACGUUUUGGCUUAGAAUGGAACGAUAACGUGUUACUUUUCUGAACAAUAUUUACGUUUUUCAUUACAUUUUCAGAUUAAAAUAUAUAGUACUGCUAAAUUUUGUUUAUACUAUCAACUUCUAUUAUGUUAUUGUAGUUGAUGACUUGAUUCACUGUACAAUAACUCUCUUGCCUAUUUGCCGGCCUGCAGUUGGCUCAUCCUAUUCUUUGCAGUAAUUUAAUUGAACUCACUGGGUCACUGACAGAUACUGUCAAUGUAAUUAAGUAAAACUGAAAGUAACUUUUUAACUAGUUACAAAAAUUGUGAAGUCAGGGGCGUCGCUAGACCUAUUUGAAUGGAGGGGGGGAGGUAGAAAAAAUUUUUCUGGACAUAAAAACUUUUUUGGAACAUAUCCUAAUUUUUUCGGACAUACAAAAAAUUUUCCGGACAUAUUAUAAUAAUAAUUUUUCCAAAAAAUUUUCCAGACAUAUUGUGAUUUGUUAACUUUUUCCAUAAUUUUUCGUAAAUUUAGUAAAUUUUUGUUAUAACUAUUACUUUUUAUUCCAAGCCAUUCAAAUAUUUUCGCUCACCACAAAAACAAUUUUCUAAUAAAUCCAGAAACAAUUUGCUGAGUCUAGCAGACAUUUGUAGAGUUAGCAGACAUUUGCCGAGUCUGUAAUGAAUGGGGGAUGUUAACCCCCUCCCCCCCCCCCACACACACACCCUCUAGCUUUGCCCCUGUGUGAAGUAACUUUGUAACGGUAACUAGUUACAUUCUAGGGUAAUACUCUAUCCUUGAUUAACUCUAUGGUUUAUGACCAAUUACUUUAGACUCACUUGCCUGGUUACCUUGAAGACUUUGACAAGAUAAAGGUAUAGCAAGUUUUCUUUGAUUACUUUAUCAAGGUAAUUACUGUAAGAAUUAAUGUUGUUGUAACACAAUAAUUUAUAAUAUAUUGUUCCAGGCAAAAGGUAUUGAAGUGAUUGCAUGUCUUUCUGUCAAUGAUCCUUUUGUGAUGGCCGCGUGGGGUGAACAGCAUAAAACCGAAGGCAAGAUCAGAAUGUUGGCUGACACUACAGCAGAGUUUACCAAGGUAGGCCGGGCAUCUUUAAUGGUACUGCAUGCAUGCAUUCAACAACAUUUUCUUGAAGGAAGUUUGGGAAAUAUACAAGAAAAUCAUUUUGGGGGUCGGGCAACUGCCUAUGAUUGUAACUAAGUCUCCCACUGAAACCCUAGUGUUGACAUAAAUAUUUUUCUUGUGCUAAAGGCCGUUGAAAUGGAUUUUGAUGCCACACCAAUCCUUGGAAAUCACAGAUCAAAAAGGUAGAACUAAAUUAAACAAAGCUAAACAAACUUUACUGAUACUUACAGUAAGGCCCAUUUCCACUGAAGAAAAUUUUCCGUGAAAAGAAAAACUUGUAAAAUGCGAUUGGCCGUGACAAAUUUUCUGUUGGAAAAAAUUUUCAAGUUGAGAAUUUUCAACUUUUAACGGGGGCCCUUGCCCCCUGUCCAUAGAAAUUUUUUAGUGGAUAUGGGCCUUAACAGCUAUAUGAAAUCAGUGUAUGGAUAUUUUCCCUAAACAUCCAGUAAGCACCAUUCCUUACUGGUCUAGUGUUAAUUACUACAGAUGGAAACUUGAACUAAACUAACUUUAGCUCUAUCAGUUCCAAACCAUUCAUUCUUUAUAUGUUGUUUAAAUUACUAAGCUAAUUCCGACUAUUUUCAUUUUUAAUUUAAAGAUAUUCCAUGGUUGUAGAAGAUGGUGUUGUCACGGCUUUGAACUUGGAACCAGAUGGCAAAGGCUUGACCUGCAGUCUUUCUGAUAAAAUCUUGAAACAGAUUUAAAUAUUCAUUCAUGGUUAUCAGUGUUAUCAAACCUUGUGUUAGCUACAUAGUAUAUUAGUCAUUUAUAGAAUGGAAAAUAAAUGAAUUUAGAAAAUAUUGUGUCUGAAAUUCAUACUCAAACAUUUGGG